AUGGCACCCACCGUUUCUUGCGGUUGUGUCAGGACUGCCGAUCAGUCAAUGCCGGAUCUGAAGUCUGCCAUGUUCCCGCAGUUCGAUCUGUCUGAGACAGGUUGUGAGCGCCUGGAAUAUGCCAGCCGGAUCUACCACGUUGCACCAGACGACCUCAGAGACACGUGCGCUGCUCUCUGUGCAGCAUGGGCGAUCCUUCUUGGCUGCUUCACCGGGUUGGAUGAUGUGUGUUUCGGCUUUGACAGUCAGCACAGCGUUACCGACACGUCGGGACAUGCAGAGCGCAUGAGACAAGCUGUGCAUGUCCGGUUGCCUGCCAAUCAGCGCGUGGAAGAAAUCCUCAAUGGCAGCUUUUCGUCGCUGGUCCUGAUGAGCGAUGAGAAAGCCAAAACAGCAUUCAACACGAUUUUGUCAAUCCAGAACCACAGCGAUGAGCGUAGUAGCAACAGUGGAGAACAUCCUUUGUGGUGUAAAAUUCGCAUGACGGUAGAUCCCGUGACGCUCGAAACUGUCUUGACAUGCGACUCUUCCUUCAUGAGUCGCGGCCAGGCUGAGAAUGUCAGCAGCACCUUCGACAAAAUCUUCAGGGAAAUAAACAACCACCCGGAGACUCUUGUAUCACAGAUCAGCCUCUUCAGUGAGCAAAACGAACGACAAGUCUUGGCCUGGAAUAGCAGCCCCAUGAGAAAUGUGCGCAAGUGCAUCCACCAGGCUCUGUCAAUGCAAGGAGCGUUGAAACCUGAUGCAGAAGCUGUUUGCGCUUGGGAUGGAAGCUUUUCCUACCAGCAGGUCUUGUCCCUGGCAGAUCGUCUUGCCUGUCGUCUACAAGCCUCGGGUGUUGGGCCCGAGGUCUUUGUACCCAUCUGCUUCGACAAGUCCAAAUGGGUUGUUGUUUCUAUGCUGGCAGUUCUCAAAGCAGGCGGUAUCUUUGUGCCCCUUGACCCUUCGCAACCACUGCUUCGUCUAAAGUCUCUCGCGCAAAAGGUGGAUGCUACGACCAUCUUGUGCUCCCCUCAGCAUCAGGACAUGCUAGCGAGCAUAGCGCCAGAGUUGAUCCCCGUUGAUGAGCAGCUAUUCACCGAGCUGCCCGACCAGAGCGACGAGGUCGACUGUGGAUCGUGGCAGAACGGAGCCUACAUGAUAUUCACGAGUGGCACAACGGGCGAGCCCAAAGGAGCCCUCAUCCAACAUGGAGCUCUCAUGUCGAGUGCACUUGCUCAUGGGCCUGCUAUGAUGAUGGACUCCAACACGCGAUCGUUCCAAUUCGCUGCUUCUACCUUUGACGUGAGCAUCACUGAGAUCUUGACCUGCUUGAUUUUGGGUGGAUGUGUCUGCAUACCCAGCGAAGAAGCUCGCCUCAACGCAGUUGAAGAGGCAAUCACCGAGCUCCGAGCAAACUGGGCGCUUUUGACCCCGACAUUCGUCAAGUUCAUUAACCCCGCCAAUGUCCCAACCUUGAAGACGCUCGUUACUGGCGGAGAGGCGAUGACGCAGGCUGUCAUCCGCUCAUGGUCGCACAUCAACCUCAUCAACUGCUACGGCCCUGCUGAGACGUCUGUGGUUUCCCACGUCCAUCGAGGCAUGGUGCAAGGGACCAAUCCUCUCAACAUUGGCCACCAGGUCGGUGUAAACUGCUGGGUUGUGGAUCGGGACAAUCACGACCGUCUCAUGCCCGUUGGCGCAGUGGGCGAGUUGGUCAUCGAAGGCCAUACGCUCGCACGCGAGUACUACAAGGAGCCAGAGAAGACGCGCGAAGCCUUUAUUGAAGAUCCAUCGUGGGCAAAGAAGCAACUGUCGCGGGCUGGUUCUAGACGAAUGUACAAGACGGGUGAUCUCGUCAGGUACAACCACGAUGGAACCUUUCACAUCGCCGGCCGUAAGGAUGCACAGAUCAAGUUUCACGGGCAACGGAUCGAGCUCGGAGAGAUAGAGCAUCACAUCAAUGCCAGCGCCAGUAUCAAACACGGAAUGGUUGUCUUACCGACAGAGGGCUUCUGCAAGGGCCGACUCCUAGCCAUCGUGCAGCUCUGCGGUGCCCUGGAUCAAGACCUCGUGCCCAAUGGUCAGCCCUAUAAGCUCAUCGAAGGCGAUCUUGAGAGUAUCGUACAGAACAAUAUCGCAGAGGUCAAGCAUCUACUUAGCGAGAGGCUACCUUCGUACAUGAUACCCUCUAUGUGGCUUGCCGUUGAGUUCAUCCCUCGUCUCCAAUCUGGGAAACUCGACAGGAAGCAAACUGGAAAAUGGGUCGAUGGCAUGAGCGAGGCUCUGUAUCGACAGCUCAAUCCUGCAAUAGCGGCGACUCAGCUUCCCGAGGAUCUCAAGUGCGAAAGCAAGAUUGAGUUGGAGUUACACAAGAUCUGGACGUAUGUCCUGAACCUCAAAGAAGAACAGCUCGGCCUCACGCAAUCCUUCCUCAGCGUCGGUGGCGAUUCCAUCUCCGCCAUGCAAGUAAUGGGCGAGUGCAAGAAACGUGGACUCGGGUUGGCAGUCUCGCACAUCAUCAACUGCAAGUCCAUCAGGUCACUGGCGCUACGGGUCAAGGAUAUCGAAAGGCCUGUACUUCUGCAUGAGAUGGCAGAAGAGCCGUUUGACCUCUCGCCUAUUCAGAAGCUGUACUUCGCGAGGCCGAACUACGACCAGGGUCACUACAACCAGAGCUUCUUGCUACGGACGAGUCAGCAUAUCGAUGAGGCAGAUCUGCGCAAGGCGAUGGAGGCUAUUAUUUGCCGGCACUCUAUGCUUCGUGCGAGGUUCCAACAGGAAGUCAAUGGGGAGUGGAAGCAACGCAUUACCAACGACGUUGCGGCAUCGUAUCGCCUGCGCACAUUGGAACUGUCUUCGCAGGAGGACAUUGAUGACUCGCUCGUCGAUAGCCAAACCUGCCUAGAUCCUGUCCGAGGCCCACUUGUCGCUGCUGACUUGAUCGACCGAAGGACAGAAGAACAGCUCUUGUUCGUCGUGGCGCAUCACCUGGUAAUCGACCUUGUAUCUUGGAGAAUUAUCCUCCAAGAGCUCGAGGAGACAUUACUACGACCCGAAGCUCUGCAGGAUGUUGAUCCUCCGCUUCCGUUUCAAGUCUGGUGUAAGAUGCAGUCUGAACAGGCCAAGGCACAGAUACCGGACAAAGUCCUGCCAAUUCACGGCAUUCCCGACGGUAAUGCUGGGUACUGGGGCAUGGCAGACACUCCCAACAUCUAUGGGCAGAUGGUUCGUCAAGGCUUUGAGAUCGGGCCUCAACAAACAUAUCUUCUUGUAUCCAAAUGUCAUGGCGCCCUACGGACCGAGAUCCCGGAUGUUCUCAUGGCAGCGAUGGUGUAUUCCUUUGGCCAGAUCUUCACCGACCGCUCAAUCCCAGCCAUAUUUGCAGAAGGUCACGGCAGAGAAGUCUGGGACACCUCAAUCGACUUGUCUAACGUGGUCGGAUGGUUCACUACCAUUUACCCAGUCUUUGCUGGAUCAGAUUUGCAGACCAGUCUCAUCGACACUGUCAAAAUGAUCAAAGACGGAAGACGCAAAGUUCCUGAUAACGGGCGGCCUUACUUUGCGAGCCGCUGGUUGACAAAGGAGGGCCAAGAAGCAUUUUCUCACCACUGGCCUCUGGAGAUCACCUUCAACUACCUGGGCCAGUACCAGCAAUUGGAGCGUGAGGGUGCUCUCUUCACGCCUGAGAGCAAUAUCGCAGGUGAGAUUAGAGAGGCUAGUCAAGGUGCAGACGUCGGACCUCUGACAGCUUGCAUCUCACUUUUCGAGGUGUCAGCUGUCGUAGUCAAGGGAUCUCUCCGUUUCUCAUUUGGUUUCAACCGGAACAUGAAACACCAGCCGCAGAUCCGCGAGUGGAUUUCCUGCUGCGAACAGAGCCUCGGCCAAGUCAUUACAUCUCUAGCUUCGAUGGAACCUGAGCCUACUCUAAGCGACUUCCCGCUCCUCUCCUUCACUUACGAUCGAUUGAGAGUAUUCACAGAGGAGAAACUCCCCGAGGCUGGGAUCUCAAACGUCAGUCUUAUCCAAGAUGCAUACCCUUGCUCUCCGAUGCAGUCCGGACUCUUGGUCAGCACCACCAGGGAGAACACCGCUUAUGCUGCCUACACGCUCCACGAGGUCAAGAGCAGGAGCGGAGAGACUGUGGAUGUCGAGAAGCUCAUUGCUGCUUGGAAGCGCAUGGUGCAAUACCAUCCGAUUCUCAGGACUAUCUUCCUGGAGAGCGUGACGUUGGAGGAUUCCAUCUACGAUCAAGUCGUGCUCAAGGAAGUUGAAGUUCCGUUCACUGUUUCUGAGAGUAGCACAGACGAGGGAGCGAUUGCGGCGCUCAAAUUACCUAUGAACCAUGGCGACAACGCAUGCCGACUACUGCACCACUUCCACGUCUGCAAAGCAAUCAGCGGCAAGGUCUUUUGCAGAUUGGACAUUAGUCAUGUCAUCAUGGAUGGAACUUCGCUGUCAAUCCUCUUCAGAGAUCUUGCCCUGGCAUAUCAAGGUAUCCUCAAGGCUGAAACAGGCCCGCUGUAUUGCGAUUACAUCAAAGCCCUUCAAAGUCAGCCGGUCCAACCUGGUAUCGAGUAUUGGAAGUCCUACCUAGCUGGUCUCGAGCCCUGUCUCUUCCCCGUUCUGGAUGAUGGGGAGACUGCAGAGGUCAAGGAGCUGCGACACUUGAGGGUACGAUUUGAUGAGCUCGCUCAACUUCAGAGUCUUUGUGAGCGACUGGGAGUCACUAUUGUCAACGCCAUCUAUGCUGCCUGGGCAGUCACUUUGCGUUUAUACACUGGCUCUGACGAAGUUUGCUUUGGCUAUCUGACAUCGGCUCGUGAUUUGCCAAUCGAAGGUAUCCGAGAUGCCGUUGGUCCCAUCAUCAACAUGGUCACAUGCCGUGUCAACGCCGAUAGUACUACCAGCAUGGCAGACAUGAUGGGCUCAGUGCAGAGGGACUAUCUCGAAAGUCUAGAGUAUCGCCAUACGCCGCUAGCCCAAGUCUACCACGCCCUUCAGCUCUCCGACGCUGUUCUCUUCAACACAGCAUUGUCGUACAGAAAGCUACCACCAACGACGCAGACGGACCUCGUGUUUGAGGAAUGUUGCCCUACCUACGAUCCUGAUGAGUACAACGUGUCGGUCAAUGUCGAGGCAGGCGAGCAUGACAUGGCGAUUGACUUGAUGUACUGGUCCGAUACUCUCUCUGAUGGACAAGCUGCCAAUGUUGCUGGCACGUUUAGAAAUGCGCUUAGCAAUAUUCUGCAUCAUUGCAAUGAGCCCAUUGUGCAGCUCGACCAUUUGGGUUCCUGGCAUAGCUCUCAAAUUAGUCGAUGGAACCAGCGUAUUCCUGAUGCAAUUGAGAGUUGCGUCCAUGGCUUGUUCAAGCAGCAGGUUGCAUCACGGCCUGACAGGCCUGCGAUUGCUUCAUGGGACAUGAACCUCACCUACGCCGAGCUUGAUAACGCCUCUGACAAGCUGGCCCAUCAUAUUGCCUCUCUAGGCGUUGGCUUAGAGACCUUUGUGGCCGUCUGCUUCGAGAAAUCUGCAAUUGCCAUAGUUUCUAUGCUGGCCAUUCUCAAAGCUGGCGGUGUAUGCGUGCCUCUGGACCCAGCGCAUCCGGAAGCUGCGCACCGUCUUCGUAUCGAAGAUACAGCGUCUACUAUCGCUCUUGUAUCUCCUUCAUUAGUACCCAAGCUCAACUCUAUUGUUGCGACAGUCGUGGCUGUAGACGCAGAUUUGCUACAGACUAUCUGCACGGCACUCGAGUCACCUCUUCCUGAAGUCACACCUCACAACGCCUGCUUCGUUAUCUACACGUCUGGUAGCACAGGGCGCCCCAAGGGUGUAGUCCUCGAGCACAGAGGCAUCGCCAGCAACGCCAUGUACUCAGGCCCCAAGUUAGGCUACGGCUCAGACUCGAGGGUGUUGCAGUUCGCUUCGUACACCUUUGACAAUAGUCUCGCAGAGAUUUUCAGCACUAUUAGUCUGGGAGGCUGCGUAUGCGUACCAUCGGACCAUGAGAGGCUGAACGACCUAGCGGGAGCAAUUAAUCGGUACAGCGUCACGUUGGCUGAUAUAACGCCUACUGUGGCUUGCUUCCUCGAGCCAUCCGAGGUUCCGACUUUGAAGACUCUGGCUCUUGGGGGUGAAGCGGUGACUACCAAGUGCGUUGGCAUCUGGCGGGACUUUGUGUCUCUGCGGUGCUGCUACGGGCCGUCGGAAUGCUCCGUCAACUCGACUUUCUCUGGAGAUAUCGCCCAGCCAGGUAAGGCGAACAACAUUGGUCGUGCCAUUGGUAGCGUCGCUUGGGUAGUGGAUGCGACCGAUCAUAGCCUUCUUGUCCCAAUUGGUUGCGUUGGUGAGCUCCUCAUUGAUGGCCCUAUCGUGUCUAGAGGUUACCUCAACCUCCCAGACAAGAUGGCCCAGUCUUUUGUUCCUCCGCCCGCCUGCAUUGAGGGAAUCACUGAGAAUGGCAGACUGGAUCGCAAGCUCUACAGGACCGGCGACCUUGUGCGCUACAACUCGGACGGCACACUUACCUACCUUGGGCGGAAGGAUACCCAGGUCAAGCUCAACGGCCAGCGCAUUGAACUCGGAGAGAUUGAGCACCACAUCGAGGAGAACCUCCCCAAGGGCUGGGAAUCUGCCGUGGAGCUCAUCACAUCGCAGGGCAGGAAGCUGCUCGCCUGCUUUAUCUGUGCAGAUGCUGAUAUCUCCCUCAGAGAAACCAGCGAUGACAGCAUGCUGCUGGACAUGGAUGAGUCUUUCAGGUCUCAUGCCAAGAAGCUCGAGAUUGUGCUUUUCAAUGCAGUCCCCGCCUACAUGGUCCCAUCCGCCUGGCUCCCCGUCUCCAAGAUGCCUCUCACUUCGUCAGGCAAGCUCAAUCGGCGCAGUCUGAGGUUUCUGGGAGAGUCGGUGCCUGCACCGAAGAUGAAGUCUUACAAGCUUGCUCUUAAGAGUGGCAGAGCGCCGUCCAGCAAGGUUGAGAAGCAAUUAGCUGCUAUGUGGGCUCAGUUGCUCGACAUCGAUGUGGUGUCCAUCGGAGUCCAGGAUCACUUCUUCAAACUUGGAGGCGACUCGAUUGGGGCCAUGCAACUAGUGACGCUGGCUCGAUGUUCCAACAUUGACUUGACUGUUGCUGGGGUGUUCCAGAAGCCAUCACUGCUGGAUAUGGCCGAGUCCGCGGUUCCGUUAUCCAAAGCGCCUACUACAACAUACCAACCAUUCUCGUUGUUAUCCGGCGAGUGUUCUGUCGAUAAGUUACGACAAACGGUUGCCGGCUCUGCUCGCAUCGACGUUAGUGAUGUUCAGGACAUCUAUCCGUGCUCUGCAUUGCAAGAGGGUCUCAUGGCUCUCUCCACCAAGGAGCCUGGAGCUUACGUGGCGCAACUCGUCUAUCGGCUACCAGCCGACAUCGACGUCUACAAGUUCCAGGAGGCUUGGGCAAUUGUGGUGGAAGCCGAGCCAAUGCUGAGAACAAGGAUCGUUCAUACAGAAGAUGCUGGGUUUGUGCAGGUUGUUGUCACCGGAGAAACAAUUCAAUGGUCCACCUUUACCAGCCUCUCAGGUACCGACACAACUCGGCGCCAGCUUCCAUUGUAUAAUGGUGCGAGAUUGGCCAGCUACGGUAUCGUUGACGAUGAUUGUACAGGCAAAUGCUUCGUGUGGACCAUCCAUCAUGCGAUCUAUGAUGGCUGGUGUCUUCCUCUCAUCCUCGACAAGGUUAAACGAUGCUACCACGACAAUCUGAGUUCCACACAAAUUAAAGGCCCUGAUUACACCAACUUCAUCAAGCACCUCACAGACCUUGACCGGGAUCAGGACAUCGACUUCUGGGAGUCCCAUCUCUCCGACAUCUCCACCCAGCACUUCCCACGUCUUCCCAACGCCGAUUACCAGUCCUCCGCAACGAGUCUGCUAGUCCACAAAGCAACCUUGACAAGCCCGUCAGGAUCAGAGAUAACUUCAGCCACUAGAAUCCGCACAGCCUGGGCGAUGGCGGUGUCUACCUACUCUGGAGCCAACGACGUUGUCUUCUGGGAGACCAUGACGGGGCGCGAUGCUCCUGUUGUCGGGAUUGAGGACAUGGCUGGUAUCACACUGGCGACUGUUCCCACACGUGUAGUCAUCGACCCUUCACACACCCUUGCUGAGCUUCUUGUCGCCGUGCAGGAUCACUCAGCGGCUGUGAGAAGACAUCAGUUUGCUGGGAUUCAGUGCAUCAGAAACAUCAACGCUGAUACAACCCUCGCUUGCGGCGCUCAGAACCUCUUGGCCAUCAACUAUGGACCUCGAGAGUCGACGGAUGCCUUUUGGUUCGAGCAGUCAAACGAGAUGGCUGGUACAAACUUCUAUUCGUCAUACCCUCUCAUGCUGUCGUGCCACUUUGCAGAUGGUGAGCUCGAGACUGUCGUUCACUUUGAUCCCAACGUUAUACCUGGGGUUCAGAUGCAGCGCAUAAUGGAUCACUUUGCACUAAUGCUGGAGUCCGUGUCGUCGCCUGAUCUGCUGGAUGAGAAGCUUCGCGAUAUACCUUUGAUCAGCCACAGUGACCUACAGACGCUGCGUGAAAUGAACCGUGCUAUCCCUUCGCCAUCGAGACGACUCCUUCACGACGUUUUCGGGGCUCAGGCAGUGGCUCAACCACAAGAUAAGCUCGCUGUCGUGUCAUGGGACCAGAGCCUCACAUACGCUGAUCUGGACUUUGAAUCUACACGUCUUGCUCGUUCAUUGGUGGCAAAUGGCGUUUCCGUCCAUUCCGUCAUUCCCUUCUGCAUGGACAAGUCAUCUUUAGUGGUUAUCUCCAUCCUGGCCAUUCUCAAGUCAGGUGCUGCCUUCGUGCCUCUAGACCCAGCGCACCCCGAUGCCCGGAUCAAGGGCAUUCUUGCUGAUACUGGGGCCACAGUCGUUCUCUCGUCUGAUCAACACGUCGAGCGUUUGAAGAACCUCGAAUCGAGUGCCAUCUCCGUCUCGCAGGCUUUGGCAGACUGUAGGACUCAGAGUCACGACGAUGCAACUAGCCACGUACCUCUAUCAUUAUCUGCCAACAGUCCAGCCUACAUCAUCUUCACCUCCGGCACAACUGGGAAGCCAAAGGGAACCAUCAUCGACCACUCCGCAUUCUGCACUGGCGCGUAUGCACACGGUAGCGCCAUGGGCAUAACUGAGUCAUCACGCGUCUUGCAGUUUGCCUCCUAUACCUUUGACGCCAGCAUCAUGGAGAUCCUCACCACACUCAUCCACGGCGGGACAGUCUGCAUUCCAAGUUCCGACGAGCGUCUCCACGAUCUUUCCGGGGCUAUCAACAGAAUGAACGUCAACUGGGCUCUGUUAACGCCUUCGGUGGCCCAGCUGCUUCAGCCUUCGAUAGUCCCUGGCCUUGAGACUCUCGUGCUCGGAGGUGAGGCCAUGUCUUCUGCUCAUAUCUCUUCGUGGGCGCCGUCAGUUCGUCUUAUGAACGCGUAUGGACCCAGUGAAACUGCAGUGGUAGCUGCUGUCAACCCGAGCGUUACACUGGACUCUUCUCCCUCGAAUAUCGGACAUGCUGUCGGGGGCAUGUGCUGGGUCACUGACGCCGACAACCACGACAGACUUAUGCCCAUCGGCGCUGUGGGCGAGCUCGUGAUAGAAGGUCCUAUCCUCGCUCAAGGGUAUCUGAAUGACCCCGAGCGAACUGCAAGAUCUUUUGUUACCAACCCGAGGUGGUGUCAACGGUUCCCAGCGGCUUUUUCAGGCGCGGAACGCAGGUUUUACAAGACGGGAGACUUGGUCAAACUUACCGAGGAUGGUAUUGAGUUCCAUGGGCGCAAGGAUGAUCAAGUCAAAGUUAAUGGUCAGAGAAUCGAGCUUUCUGAGAUUGAACAUCAUUUGAGCGCAGAUCCAGCCGUCGAGUCCUGUCUAGCCGCAGUCCCGGGCUCUGGCCCCUUCAAAGCCCGCCUGGUGGCCAUUCUAUCUCUCCACUCUCUCACGACCAUCAACGGAGAAGAAGAGAUCCAGUUCAUAACCAAGUACCCUCCAUCCCUCUUGGUGGGUAUUCGUGAAGGUCUUGCAAGGAAUGUAACAUCUUACAUGAUCCCAUCUCUAUGGAUUGUCGUCAACCAUAUUCCCCUUCUCCCCUCUGGCAAGCUUGACCGCAGGCGCACCGUCCGAUGGGUUGAUGAUAUGUCUCAUGAACAAUACCAUCUAGUUCUUGACGCGCAGGAAGAUGCGUCUGCGUUGGAUAGAGAACCAUCGGAGAUGGAGAUCAAGCUUAGGGCUGCUUGGUCCAAGGCCCUUAACCUCAAGGCCGAUAUGGUUCCAUUCAAGCAGUCCUUCAUCCAUCUUGGCGGCGAUUCGAUAUCCGCUAUGAAGUUGAUGGCUAUUUGUCGCUCCUUAGACAUGGCUGUAUCUGUCAGCCAGAUCAUGCGAGCCAAGUCCAUCAUCGACCUUGCGUCUAUUGUCACCAACGUCAAGGAAGUCCUGUACGACGAUGAACAGCUGGAGAAACCUUUUGAACUAUCACCUAUCCAAAAGGUUUACUUCGAGGAUAUUGGUGUAGACUCUCACCACUUCAACCAGAGCAUGACCCUGGCUACGACCCGCAUCAUCACCUCGCAGGAAUUAUCGGAUACUCUCCGCUCUAUCGUCGAGACGCACAGCAUGAUGCGUGCUAGGUUCUCGCAGGCUGACGGAAACUGGACGCAGCGGAUUACCAGCGAUGUCGCUGGAUCCUACGCUCUUCGUUCACACGGCAUUGUCCAUGAGAAACGACUUUUGGAGUUGGUGGCGGAGAGUCAGACUACCCUAAGCAUUGUCGAUGGGCCGAUAUUGGCUGUCGACAUGGUUGAGAUGGAGGCAACUGGUGACCAAAUCAUUACAUUCGUGGCUCAUCACCUGGUGGUUGAUGUCGUGUCUUGGAACAUCAUGCUGCAAGAUCUCGAAGGAUUCCUGUCAGCAUCAACCUACAGACCUGCGAAGUCUGUCUCCUUCCAGACGUGGAUUUCCAAGCAACGCGACGAGGCUCAGAAAGCUUCACCGGAGCGUGUAUUCCACAAUAUCCCAGUCCCUCCAUCAGACCGCCAGUACUGGGGGAUGGAAGGUGUGCCGAAUCUUCAUGGUGACUCAGUCACAGAGACUAUGACGAUACCUAAUGGCACAUCAAGCCUGCUCUCGGGUAGUAGCCAUGAUGUCGUUGACGUCUUGCUGGCAUCAAUGUUAGCAUCCUUCCGCCAAACCUUUCCAGAACGUUCUUCGAUACCCCCUAUAUUCAACGAGGGCCAUGGAAGAGAGCCUCCCGAUGACAAUCUGGACUUAUCACGCACCGUUGGAUGGUUCACCACCCUCUGUCCUGUCGCUCUCCCUGAGACUAUUCCUAACGAGUACGACAUCCUUGAUGUUGUGCAUUGGGUACGGGACUACCGGAGAAAGCUUCCUGGCAACGGUCGACCUUACUUUGCUCAUAGCAUGUUGGCUGACUCGAAAUCCCCGAUCAAAUUCCCGGUCGAGAUUGCUUUUAAUUUCCUUGGCCACUCACAGGAGUUUGGAGCAGAGGAUUCUGUGUUCAAGUCUAUCGACGUAAGCAUGCUGAACUCUUUGAGCUCGCAGUCCGAUAUCGGGGCCGACGUCCCACGUUUGGCACUCAUCGAGAUCUCGGCUUCUUUCACCAAAGAAGGGCUGAUCUUUGACUUUUCCUUCAACCGCCACAUGCGCCACCAGCCGUCUAUCAGCAGGUGGAUCGAGACCUGCAGUGACUGUAUACACCGGGCAGCUCAAGUAAUAUCUCAAGAUACACGAGAGCUAUCCCAAGAUCUAUCUCUACUUCCUCUGGCCUUCAAGAAAGAGUCCCAGGUUACGCAGGCUCUCACUGAGUUGGGUAUCUCUCCUGAUAACGUUGAAGCAGUAUAUCCAUGCUCCUCGGUUCAGCAGGGCAUCCUCUUGUCCCAGAUCAAGGACCCUGGAUACUACUCUUACUCCAUCACGUUUUCAGUUACAUCCACACGACAAGGCGAUGCGAUCGAUGUGCAAAGACUUUCAGAAGCUUGGAAGCGUGUAGUCCAUCGCCAUUCCAGCCUUCGAACUGCGUUCGUCGACAGCACACUACAGGAGGGAGCUGUCAGUCAAGUCGUUCUAAGGAGUCACGAUGCCAACGUCUCUAUCGUUGAGUGUCCUUGCAGAGAGGCAGACCACAGGCUUAAUGACCAUCCGCCGCUCGGCCUUCCUACGAACCAGCCACCUCACCGUCUUACAAUCUUCAACACCACAGAGAACACAGUGCUGUGCGUGCUUGAGAUGAGCCAUGCCAUCUCUGAUGGAACAUCUAUGCCUAUCCUGUUCCGCGAUCUUGGCCAAGCGUACGAGCGCACUUUGGAUACUGCCAACCUGACCGUUUACAGGGACUACGUCUCCUUCUUGCAGCGAAAUGGUGACUCUAAGGAUGCCAGGUACUGGAAGGCUUAUCUGGACGGCGCUGAGCCUUGUUGCUUACCCCUCCUUUCAGAGGGGACCACAGCGCCCAGGACCCUUCGAACCCUUACCCAAGGUAUCUCGCAUGCCGCUGAGCUCCAAUCACUCUGCACCGAAAGAGGCAUCACUCUAUCCAACUUGCUGCAGCUGGCGUGGGCACUGGUCCUCCAAGCAUACACAGGCCUUGACGAUGUGUGCUUCGGCUAUCUCGUCGCUGACAGAGAUGUACCCAUCAGUGGUAUCGACGACGCAAUUGGAGUAUUCAUCAGUAUGCUCGUCUGUCGCGUCCGCCUCGAUCCAUCCACCAUUCUCAACACCGCCCUGCGAACCAUGCAGGACGAUCUCGCUACAGCUAUGAACUACAAGAAUGUCUCGCUUGCCAACUUUCAACACGCCGUGGGCACCAACGAGCCUCUCUUCAACACCGCCUAUUCUUUCCAGCGUAGGUCAGUGUCCAAGGAUAUGGCGACAGGUACUCUCUCGUUCGACGUCAGAGAUGCGCAGGACCCUAGUGAGUACGACGUGACUGUCAACGUCGAAGUCUGGGACUCGAACGUGGAAUUGCAGUUAUGUUACUGGCAAGACAAAGUCUCAGACGCGCAUGCUGUCAAUAUUGCUUCAACAUUUGACCAGAUCCUCUCUUCGAUUGCGACAUGCGACACAGCACUUCCGUUAAACCAACUGAACAUUCUCAGUGACCACGGUAGACAGCAACUGAUGACGUGGAACAACGCUGAGCCUGAGGUCUUGAAUGAGUGUGUGCACCACGUCUUUGAGGAUAAUUGUCAACGACUAUCAGACCAUACUCCCGCUAUCGACGCCUGGGACGCCACCUUUACCUACUCUGAACUUGAUGCAGCUGCUUCGCGAUUCGCUCAGUACCUCGUCUUUCUCGGCGUCGGGCCAGAGGCGUACGUCCCACUGUGUUUCGAAAAGUCAGCAUGGACAGUCGUUGCCAUGAUGGCAGUCCUCAAAGCCGGCGGAGCCUUUGUUCCUCUCGAUCCUACUCAUCCACCCGACCGCAUCAAGUUUUUGGUCAGCAACGUCAACGCCAAGCUAGUCAUCUGCUCCUCGUCCUUGAAGGCCAAGUUCGACAGCUUGGAUCUUCCGGCUAUUCCUCUUGGCAAGGAAACCAUGUCAAUGCUGCCCUCCGUGUUUCCAAACUCACCCAACAUCAUUGUUCGGCCUGACAACGCUGCCUAUGUCAUCUUCACCUCAGGAACGACGGGUGUUCCUAAGGGAACGAUAAUCGAGCAUGCAUCCUUUGCCACCGGAGGUACCGCUCAUGCAAAGGCUAUCAUGAUGACAUCAUCCUCCCGAGUGCUGCAGUUUGCGUCUCACACAUUCGAUGCCAGCGUUAUGGAGAUCCUGUCCACCCUGUUAGUAGGCGGUUGUAUAUGCAUACCAAACGAGCAAGACCGCAUGAACGACUUGUCAGGCGUCAUCACCAAGUUCAACGUGAACUGGACAUUGCUCACACCAUCUGUCGCGAGUGUUCUCAAGCCGGGCAGUCUUCCUUGCCUCAAGGUCCUCGUCACCGGCGGCGAGGCAAUGUCGAGAGAUCACAUUACGAAAUGGGCUGGCCAUGCCGCUCUCGUCAAUGCUUAUGGCCCCAGUGAGACGAGCGUUAUCGCUGCAACGAGCACCAAGGUUGAUCAUGAUGGAGAUAUUCUCAACAGCGACCCAUCUACUAUCGGCAACGCUGUUGGUAGUCGCUGCUGGGUCGUGGAUGCGCGCAACCACAAUCGCCUGAUGCCAAUUGGCGGCAUCGGCGAACUAAUAGUGGAAGGGCCUAUUGUUGCCCGAGGUUACCUCAACAACGAGACGAAGACGGAAGAGGCAUUCAUCGAGCCUCCAUCCUGGCGUGCAGACAUGAAUCUUGAGGAAGAUGGCACACAUCGUCUAUACAAGACUGGUGAUCUGGUCAUGUACAACUCGGACGGUUCGCUCAAGUAUGUGUCGCGCAAGGACACACAGAUCAAGCUUAAUGGACAACGUAUUGAACUUGGGGAGAUCGAGUACCAUGUCCAGGCUCACUUACCGGACUGCAUUCAAGCCGCUGUUGAUAUAGUUGUUCCGCAGAGCAAGACGUCAACCAAGGCACUCGCCGUCUUCUUUACCAGCGACGAUGAUUUCGAGGACACUCUCACCCAAAACGUUGAUCCUCUUCUUGCAAGCAUGUCGAGUGCUUCGACUAACCUUGCCCAAUCCCUCAAGUCAGCCCUCAGAGACGCUCUCCCAUCGUACAUGGUUCCUGCCAUCUACAUACCGCUGUCCAAGAUGCCAUUGACCUUGGCUGGCAAACUUGAUCGCCAGAGACUCAAGACCAUAGCCAAAUCCGUGCCAGCUCAGCUGAUGGCCUCCUACAAGCUCUCUGGCUCAUCUCGAAGCGGGGAUCACCCUACAUCGGCAAUGCAGCGCAAAAUGCAGAAAGCCUGGGCUGCAGUCUUGAAUAUUCCUAUUGCCCAGAUAAGCAAAGGCGAUAGCUUCUUCAGACUCGGUGGCGACUCUGUCGAUGCCAUGAAGCUCGUUCCGGCUGCUAGGGCGGAAGGCCUUGUCAUCACAGUCAUGGCUAUCUUCAACAAUCCUGUGCUUUCAGACAUGGCAAUGUCUUGCAAACACUCGGAUGAAGCUCCUGUCUCAAGUGUAGACCCGUUCUCGCUUCUUCCAGAUACUGAAGAUCCUUCUUUACUUCUGCGCGAGGUUGCAGGCCGUUGUGGUGUGCAGGAGAGUCAGAUUCUCGAUAUGUACCCUUGUAGCUCCCUCCAAGAGGGUCUUGUUGCCUCGACCUUGCAGCAACCGGGUGCAUAUGUCGCUACUUAUGUUUUCAACCUUCCUUUGGGCAUCUCCAUUGAUCGUUUCAAGCUUGCUUGGCAAAAUACUGUUGAUCGAGUCGACAUUUUAAGAACACGCAUCGUCAACACGUCGCUCAAGUCAUACCAACUCGUUCUUGCCCCUCAUGGCAUUCAGUGGGAUCAUUAUGACGACCUUGAGUCUGCUACUGUCAAGGCUGUAUCGGUACCUGAUCACAAUGGAGGAGCUCUAGCCCGCUACAGCAUCGUCGAGGCAAAUGACGAUGGGCCUUGCCACUUUGUAUGGGUUGUCCAUCACGCGCUUUAUGAUGCGUGGAGCAUGCCAUCUCUCCUCAAACUUGUGUCGCAGUUCUACCACGGAGAUACCGCCCAUGAGCCUGUGGGCGAAUACGCCAACUUCAUCAAGUACCUAGCCGACGUUGACACUGAAGCCUCUGACGACUUUUGGAGAGCCAGGUUCCAAGACGCUUCUCUGGUAUCUCACUUCCCCAAAGUUUCUUCGACAUCUGCUGCGCAAUCACAUCAUGAAACCUUGACACAUACAGUGCACUACAACAGAAACGACCUUGGCAUGGAUAUAACCAUUCCGACAAUCGUCCGGGCAGCAUGGGCGCUUGUCCUGGGGUCUCAGACUGGAUCUGACGAUGUCGUCUUCGGCGAAACAUUAUCUGGGCGUGACAUCGCUCUGGACCAUGUACAAGACAUCCUUGGACCUACCUUGACCACGGUACCCUCGAGAGUUCAUAUCAGUCGCCAUAGCACCAUUAGUGACUUCUUGAAGGACCUCCGUGAACGGGCCACGGACGUGAUCCCUCAUCAACAUGCGGGUCUGCAGCGUAUUAGUCGCUUAGGCGAUGCCAUAGCAGUCGCCUGUGACUUCCAGAACUUACUGGUGAUACAGUCAUUUGACCAGGUAACGGACCCGAAUGACCUACUGAGCUCUCCCCAACAUGAAGUUGACCAGAAAAACUUCUUCACAUAUCCACUGGUUGUGGAAUGCUCCAUUGAGAAGCAUGAGCUCAUCUUGACAAUUCACCACGACAACAAGGUCAUCUCUGGAUGGGACGCACGGCACAUCGCCCAGCAGUUCGAAGCGUUGGUAGGUCAACUGACGGACCUAUCUCUUGGAGGACCCGCUCGCAAGGUAUCGGAUCUUCGGCUCUAUAGCCAAGCGGACGUGGAGACCAUCAGAGGAUGGAACAGCCUUGUCCUACAGCCUUCAGAAGAGAGUAUUCCGGACCUGUUCUGGCAGUCAGUAGCAACUAAGCCCAACAAGACCGCCGUUCGCGCCUGGGAUGGUCAACUCAGCUACAAAGAUCUUGCCCAGCACGCCUCGCAUUUCGCCAGGAUGCUCAUGCGACAUGGUGUACGCGCUCAUGAGCUGGUUCCAUGCUGUAUGGACAAAUCUCUCUGGACGACAGUCUCAAUGCUCGCUGUGAUACUCGUAGGGGGCACUAUCGUUCCUAUGGACCCAGCGCAUCCUUCUGCCCGUCACGCCGAGAUCGCACGCGACUGCAAGGCCCGUAUUGCGUUGUGCGCACCUCAGCAUCAAGACCGCUUUCAGGGCGUUGUCGAGACUGUUGUCUUGGUCACUUCCGACUCGUUCACUACCCCCGAGCUUUUCACGCAGGAUCUACCAGUCGUCGCACCUCGAGAUGCCGCGUUUGUCAUCUAUACCUCGGGCAGUACUGGAAAGCCGAAAGGCGUUGUCAUUGAACACGGCUCUUUUGUGACAAGCUCCAGGGCUUUCAUGAAUCGCAUGAACAUAGGUCCGGAUUCUGGUGUAUUCCAUUUUGGAUCCUAUGCAUUCGAUAUUGCCAUGGGAGAGACGUUUGCUCCAUUCAUCACCGGUGCCUGUGUCUGCAUCCCUAGCGAAGAGAUGAGAAUGGUGGAUCUCGCCGGUUCCAUGAGCUCCCUCGGUGUCACUUGGGCAUUCCUAACGCCCUCGGUGGCAAAUCUGCAGGACCCCUCCAAAUUCACCACAUUACAGACCCUGGUCUGUGGAGGCGAGACUCUGACACCCGAAACGAUUAGUGCCUGGGGAGGCAAGGUCGAGCUGAUGAAUGGCUACGGGCCAGCAGAGUGUACCAUAUUUGCGGUUGCAAACAGUUCUGUUUCUACUGCCAAGGCUAAUAUCGGUCACGCAAUGGACGGGAACCACACUUGGGUUGUCGAUCCGAGAGACCACAACUCUCUUGUCCCUGUGGGGUGUGUUGGAGAACUCCUCAUCAGUGGUCCCAUCGUGGCCCGCGGGUACUUGAACGACACAGAACGGACGGCGGCAUCCUUCAUCGAGGAUCCAGCGUGGAUGCACUUGUUCACCACUGAGCAAGUGCGUCUGUACAAGACAGGCGACUUGGUCAGAUAUUGUCCUGAUGGAUCGCUCAUGUAUCUUGGGCGCAAGGAUCAUCAAGUCAAGCUUCAUGGCCAGCGCAUGGAGCUUGGUGAGAUUGAGGCUCGUCUUGAAUCUGAACCGCGCAUUCGCCAGGUCUUGGUCAACCUUCCGCAGUCAGGCAUCUUCAAGGGCCGCCUGGUUGCCAUCACCUCUCUCGAGGAUCCCUCAUCCACCGACGCACCUCUUACCACGUCUGGCUUUGUCCCUAUCCUCGAAUCCGCCAUGGAUACUGCCCGAACACAGAUCCGCGCCAUACAACACGAUCUGGCCGCCACACUUCCACCUUACAUGAUACCGUCAGUUUGGCUCGCAGUCCAAGCUAUUCCACUCUUACUAUCUGGAAAGCUUGACAGAGCGAGUGCAAGCAGUUGGCUUGCCGAUGCACAAGCGGACUUUUGCAAGGUUACUGUCGACUUGGGUGAUGGUCAAGAUGCGGUGGACUCAGUGAUGACACCAGUUAUCCAACAGCUCCGGCGCAUCUGGGCGUCAACCCUUAACAUUCCAGAGACAGAAACCCCUACGAACCGCUCUCUCAUUUCCCUCGGCGGUGACUCUAUCAUGGCGAUUCAGAUACUUACACGCUGUCAUGACCAGUCCAUUUCAUUGACUAUGCAGGACAUCAUGAGGGCCAAGGGAAUCUCCGAGUUAUCUACUUUCGCCGCCUUUAAAGAGCAGCCAGUGUUCGACCACUACGAGGAAGACGACGAUAAAGAAUUCAAGCUGUCCCCAAUCCAACGUCUCUUCUUCAACAACAGCACUAAUAAGGGCCGCGGGGACCGUUUCAACCAAAGUCAACUUCUAUCCAUCAACAAGAGUUUCGACGUGUCCAGCCUCCAAGAGGCUCUUGAUGCUCUUGUUGAAAGACAUCCAAUGCUUCGCGCCCGGUUUAACAAGUCCUCUGCUGCCAGUUGGACACAGCAUAUAGUUUCACAUGUCCAAGGUUCAUAUGGCUUUCAACGGCAUGAGAUUGCUGCAGAGCCUGACAUGAUACCGAUCAUAGCCGCCAGCCAAAGAAGCAUUGAUGUUUCUGGUCCCGUUUUUGUGGUCGACCUAUUCGCACUGCCUCACGGGUCUCAAGUGCUGUCACUUGUAGCUCAUCAUCUCGUCAUUGACAUCAUUUCUUGGAUAAAUGUUAUCCACGACCUUGAGGUAUUACUCACCUCUACCUACUCUCCACCCACCAAGCCCCUCUCAUUCCGCAGAUGGAAUGCUUCGCAGAUCGAACACGUCAAUUCCCUCGACAGUCGUGAAACAAUUCUACCAUUUGCUGUACAACCUGCCGACUUAGAUUUCUGGGGCAUGUCAAAGAUUUCCAACGUCUACGGAGACAUGAGACAACAGUCGGUCGUCAUCACAGAACCUGAUGUCGUCUCCUCCAUACUGGGUGACUCGCACAGAGCCCUCAAGACCGAGCCACUCGAUCUAUUCAUCACGGCCAUUCUAAAAUCCUUUGCACAGACCUUCGACAGCCGGGAGUUGCCAACACUGUUCAACGAGGGUCAUGGUCGUGAACCUUGGGAUCAAACCAUUGACCCUGCUCAAACCGUCGGAUGGUUCACCUCGCUGUGCCCUGUUCACGUUAAACGGCAGAGCCUCGACUUCGGCGAUGAGGUUGACCAUGUUCGUAGGGUAAAGGAUGUCCGGCGUAGCAUUCCUAAUAAUGGCCGCCCGUACUUUGCUCACCACUAUCUCACCAGCUCAGAGAGUGCCCAUGAUGAACCUAUCGAGAUUUUGUUGAACUACCUUGGCCACACUCAACAAACAAACCACCGAGACGCUCUCUUCACAGCCGUUGACUUUCCAUUUACGGAGGAGGACACCCUGGCCCUCUCCGACGUCGCGCCUGAGACCUCCCGCCUAGCUCUCUUCGAGAUCUCGAUAUCCGUCCUUGAUGACGGCAUCGGGUUUACAUUAAUGUAUAAUCGACACAUGCUUCACCAAGACGGUAUUGAGAAGUGGGUAACCAAUUACAAGCAGAUUCUCAUCAACACUACCAGAAAACUUGCCGAGACCCCUUCUACCCCGACGCUCAGCGACUUUCCUCUAUUACCUAUCAGCUACACGGAUCUGCACGAGAUAACGACCACACAUCUCCCCAAUGCUCAUGUGUCGCUUGGCAUGGUGGAAGAUAUUUAUCCAUGCUCGCCUAUUCAAACUGGCAUAUUGCUCAGCCAGCUCCUCGAUCCAUCUCAAUAUCUUUUCCACGUUGUUCUUCAAAUCACUCUUCCCGACGGCUCGGCAAUUAAUACUGCAAAACUCGUCCAGGCUUGUCACAGAGUCAUUGAGCGUCAUCCAGCAUUACGGACCAUCUUCAUUGAUAGCCUGCGUCAAGGCGACUCGUUCGAUCAAGUCGUUCUGCGGCCUUUUGAGUCUCGCGUCAGCACCAUCAAGUGUCGGGAGAUUGAUGUCAUGGCCGAGCUCAACUCCAUGUCGCUUGGCGAGACCAACAAGCGACACGAUGGCCCCAUGCUCCCCUAUCAGAUCACUAUUUGCGAAACACCACAAGGGAAGGUUUUCAUGAAGCUUGAGCUGAACCACGCAGUUACCGACGGUGCUUCCACAUCAAUCCUCCUCCGAGACAUCUCCAACGCCUACACCGACAGCUUGUCUCCAACUCCAGCUCCUUGCUAUAAGGAAUACAUCAAAUACAUUUCCGAUCAAUCCACCGCUUCAAGCCUGAACUUUUGGACAGGCUAUCUCUGGGAGUCACAACACACAGGAUUUCCAACACUCAAUCCAGAACUGAUAGCUAGCCGCCGCCUACAGUCUGUCAUUGUCCAGUUCGAACGGUUCUCGGAGCUUCAAGCUCUUGGGUCCAAACUCGGCGUGACAUUCUCAAACAUUGUCAUGGUGGCAUGGGCCCUGUUACUUGGAGCAUACACCGACCGCCAGGACGUGUGCUUUGGCUAUCUAGCCUCUGGACGCGAUGCCUGUAUCACUGGAGUCGAUGGUAUUGUCGGUCCUCUCAUCAACAUGCUUGUGUUCCGCUUCCAGUUCACAACCGAGACGCUUCUCAAGACACUCUUCUCCGCCGCUCGAGAUGAUUACAUGGCCAGUCUGCCGCACCAGCACUUCUCUCUGGCUCGUGUGAGCCAUACCUUAGGCCAAUCAAAGCGGGGCUUCUUCAAUACGGCUGUGUCCAUCCAGAACGCCGGUGUAGCAAAUGUCUACGAGCCAGACUCGCUUACCUACGAGUCAGUUAAUGCCUAUGAUCCAAGCGAAUACGCCGUCACUCUCAAUGCCAAUGCUACACGUGGUGACGAAGGCAUUGUCUUCCGCUACUGGACCAACAUACUCUCAAGCUUGCAGGCUCAGAAGCUCGCCACGGACAUGUCUGAACUCCUUGAGGACUUCAUUGACUACAGCGAGAGUUCUCUGGUCCAUCUCCGGCUAUCACAGAUCUCACCAAUGGCUCGCAGCACAUACACGCAAUCCUCCGAGGUUGACGGCUGGACGUCCGAGCAUGACGACACGAACAACCAUCCCAAAGCACAGAGCUCAGGAAUCAGUGCAUCUUCGACUUUGAUUGACGUCGGCGACGCAGCCUCCAUGUCAUCCAACAUGUGCAACUCAUUCUCCCGAGACAGAAAACAUCUCCACAACAAACUAUCCGCACUAUGGAGAGACAGUCUCGAGUAUGAAGGUUGUACAAUCUCGCCUACCGACAAUUUCUUUGAGUCUGGCGGUGACUCGAUUAUUGCCAUGUCCAUGGUUGGCAAUGCCAGAGACUUGGACUUGCCGCUCACUGUGGCUGAUAUUUUUAAGAAUCCCGAGUUUGGUUCCUUGUUAGAUUGUCUUAACGACAAGUCGUACAAGGAUAGUGAUAGGUCAUCUAUCCAUGGUCACGUGGAGAUGUUGGUCUCCAAGAAGGAGAAAUAUGUCAUCACUGACCAGCCUUACAAGCCACUCUCCAUGCUUGACGCAGAUGAUACUGAGCAGUUCGUGCGAAGCCAUGUUUGUCCUGUUGUCGGGGUCUCCCGAGCCAGCAUCAUCGACGUCCUCCCUACUACCGACUUUCAAGGUCAGGCCAUCCACGGAAGUCUUUUAGAGUCACGAUGGCAGCUCAAUUAUUUCCAUCUGGACUCUUCGAGCUCGCUUGACAUGACUCUACUACAAGAAGCUAUCACAAACGUCGUGGCCGCUUACGACAUCUUGCGCACUGUGUUUGUCUCUCAUCAAGGCCGUUAUUUGCAGGUCAUCCUCCGCCACGUCCAACCCACGGUCAUUGUUGAAGAUGUGGAGAGUAUAGAUCAAUUCACUUCCGAGCUUCAAGCGGCCCAUAAGCACGAGGUUCCACAUCCCCACAUACCCUCACUCCGCUUCAUAGUAGCGCAACAGAAGUCAUCAGAACGUCAUCGAAUCUUCAUCCGCAUAUCUCACGCGCAGUACGAUGGCGUGUGCUUCCCGACAAUCCUACAGAGUCUCAAGGCCUCAUUCGAUGGAGAACCUAUCUAUUCCACACCCUCGUACGCAAGCUACAUCCAGACGGUACUGGGAGCGAACAAGGAACGAUGCUACCCGUAUUGGACGGCCCUUCUAAAGGGUUCCGCUCCCACCAACGUCAUCCAACGACCGCGAACAUCCUUGAGAACAUGCCCUACCCUAGUAUUGAGAAAGACCGUAUCUACGCCCUCACUCGCGUCGGUCAACAUCACAACCUCAACGAUCAUCAAGGCUGCCUGGUCAACCGUGUUGGCAAAGGUCACAGGGAAAACUGACGUUAUUUUCGGGAACGUUAUCAGCGGACGGAAUGCCAGCAACAUACCUGGGAUUCAAAGCAUUGUCGGUCCCUGCCUUAACAUCGUUCCCGUACGUGUUCGGCAACAAUCUUCUUGGACCGUUCUGGAUCUCUCCCAAUACAUACAGAACCAGCAGGUGGACAAUAUGCCGUACGAAACACUGGGAUUCAGAGAGAUCAUCAGCAAGUGCACCGACUGGGAUGAUGAUGGAGUCAAUGGUUUCUCUACUGUUGUUCAGCAUCAGAGUAUGCCGCAAACAGAGAGCUUCGAGAUGGGGGGAAACAGGUACGAAGUUGGCGCAAUGGGUUCGCAGGAAGACAGCGCUGAUCUCAGUGUUGUGACGACGCCUCAAAAUGUCGACAGCACUGAAGUUUGUUUGGUUUACAACGGGAAUGGACAUGUAAGCAAGGAGUUGGCGGAACAGAUGUUUGAAAGUCUCUGCGACAGGAUUUCAUUAUUCUCGCAGGAUCCCUAUGCAUUACUGUAGUGUUAUGGGAUAUCAUAGGUUCUUGAGAUGCGGUGCUAUUUCAUUCAAUUAUUUUAGAGUUUCUUUAUAAUCAAGAUAUUGCAUGUAAAACG